GCCGCCAAGUAUUCGGGGCUUCUUCGGUUUUUACACUGCAUGCAUGGGCGACGGCAAUUGUUCCGUUCAUUCGUCUUUACGAAGCGCGUUGGAUGAAACAAGCCCGCUGCUGCUUUCUGGCCAGGGAAGCAUACAGCGGUCGUUUCGAUACAGCGGAUCUACAAAAGAUAGCGAUGCUGACUACAUUCAUGUGGAGAUUCCUGUGAUGAAGGAGAGAGACAGCAGACUCUUCCACUCAACGACCAUUGCACUUCACAAGUGUGAAAAGACGGUGUUGAAACCUUACCUCAUUCUUCUAGCGUUGCUUGGGUGGAGACCAUUGUCAACAGCCACUUCUUGUGCACGUCGUACAUUCAAUCUUCUAUAUCUACUGCUCAUCGUGGGUUGUAUUGUCACAAGUUAUGUUAUCAAAGUCAUUGUAUGUGAGAAAAGCGCAAGCAUCGUUGCACCGACUAUAUCACCUUUUAAAGACAUGAUGUCAACAGUGGAAAAGUCUUCGUAUUCAUCAAAUCACACGCAUAGCCACUGUCCUCAUAUCUUCAGUCUCUUUAUUGUACCUGAGUCAGUUCACUUCUUGGCUUACGUGUAUCUCUUCUAUCAUUAUCGAAUAAGGGAAACAGAACAGCUGUCAUCACUUAUUGAAACGGUGUUUCUUCAAACUACAAAUUCACCGUCAAGUGUUUGCAAUGCAGCUCAACGUAGAUUGAUCCUCACAUUGAGGGCUUAUUUGGUUGCUGGUCUUGUGUGGGUGAGCUUUACUAUCACUACUGAAAUUGUUCAUUACAUCAGUACUGCAAAUGUUGGUGCUGGAAAUGACGGUGGUGUGUUGGCAGUGGAGUUGAUUGGCCAUCUCAUUAUCAAUGCUGUGUUUGCAGCCAUUGUCAUCAACUAUGUCACACAGUGUCAGCUGCUGAUCUGUUAUGUGAGAGCUGUUCUACUGAGUAUGGCAGAGAGAAGUGUUGAUAUGAAUACCCUAAUGAAGAAUAUAUAUGGAUUGAAGCAGUUUGUAAGUCGUCUCAACAAGCAGAUUGCUACUGCUACCUCUGCGUGUAUAUUUGUAUUUGCAGAAUUGAUGGUCGUUGGCUUUGCUAAUCUUAUAUGGAAGACUCACUCUAAUCGUAGUUCUGUGUGGAUCCACAAGUCAAUGUUGAGUAUGCAGUGGUUGGUAGUCUUGAGUGCUGUCGUUAUCCAGGCAUGCCGUUUGUCUGAGCUGCUAGUGAAGCUUCGAUAUUCAGGAUUAUCUGUGCGUGUGUUUGGGUAUCGAACAAGUGCUCAAGUUGAUCUCGACUCUUUUCUUGAGUUUGUGACGGCUAGUAAAAUGGAGGCAAAGUUAUUUUCAUUUCCAGUUCGAUUGAAGUACAUCAUCGGUCUAGUAGCUUUAGUUUCAUUCGUUUUCCUCAUUCUGUUUCAAUUUGAUUCUUCGUUUGCGAGGUCUGUUAGUGUAUAGGACUACUUGUUGGUCUUUUAAGGUAUUUUGUGGUUUACGUGAAUCUUGUCAUUUAUUAUGAGAAACAUAUCGUGGUAUAAACAAAAGAAAGG